AUGAUAUCCCCAACAACACCAACAUCAACAUCUACAUCAACAUCAACAUCAACAAAAACAAAAUUAUCAUUAUCAUUUUUAUCAAAUUUUUCAAUACCAACAGAACCAAUUGGUAGUAUACCGAGACCAAAAUAUUUAAUUGAAGCUAUUAAAGAUUAUAAUGAACAAAAGAUUAAUUAUGAACAAUAUUUAACAAUUUGUGAUAAAUCAUUGAAAGAAACUGUUGAAUCAUUUUUAGAGGUAGGUUCAACAGUGAUUACAGAUGGUGAGCAAUAUAAACCAAAUUUUAUAACUUAUCCUAUAUUUGGAUCCAAUCAAGUUGCAGAGAAUUCAAAAGUUGGUUUCAUUAUUAAUUUUCAAGAUGGUCAUGUACGUCAAUUACCAGUGUUAACAGGUAAGAACCUGCCUUUCCGAUAUAAACAAUACGCAAGUGAAUAUAUAACUAGAGUUAAGAAAAUGUUUCCAAACGUUCGUAUAAAGCAGCCUAUUAUCUCAGUUUCCGCAAUGUCUUUAAUCUAUCCUUCAAAUCCCCAACAACAACAACAUCCACAACUUGACAAAUAUAGUAAACAAGAGUUCCUUAAUGAUAUGUUAAACGAAGUUGAAAAAGAAAUUAGGUUAUCGUUAAUGGCGGGGGCUGAUAGCGUGCAAAUUGAUGCCACAGAGGCUAGACUAUCUCUGAAAAUCGAUCCGUCAGGCUCACUAUUAAAGAAAUUCAUUGAUUUAAAUAACCAAUUAUUAAUUAGAUUUACUGAUGAAGAAAUUCAAAAAAUUGGUAUUCACUCCUGUCCUGGUGGCGAUAGAUCAUUUCAUAGUGCUGAUGUUGACUAUUGUAGAUUAUUAAUACCAUCAUUAUUUAAAUUACGCUUAUCAAGAUUUUAUUUAGAAUUUGCAGCAGAAAAAGAGAAAUUGAAAAUAUUGGAAUGUAUUGCUAAAAAUCUCAGACCAAAUAUAAUCAUAUUUUUUGGUGUUAUUAAUGUUUUAAAUCCAAGAGUUGAAUCACCUGAAGAAGUUAGAGAUUCAGUUUUACAAAUUGCAAAAUAUAUACCAAUUAAUCAAAUUGGGAGUUGUUGUGAUUGUGGUUAUCAACCAUUUACUUCUGAAUUAUUUUCACGAGAUAUUGUAUUUCAAAAAAUUAAAAAUAGAAUAAUUGGUACAAAAAUGGCUGAAGAUGUUCUCAAACAAGUAUUAUCAAUCGGUGUCAAUAAUAUAAAUAAUAUUUAUAAUAAUAAUAAUAAUAAUAAUAAUAAUAAUAAUAAUAAUAAUAAUAAUAAUAAUAAUAAUAAUAAUAAUAAUAAUAAUAAUAAUAAUAAUAAUAAUAAUAAUAAUAAUAAUAAUAAUAAAAAUUACUAA